ACUUGGCUGAUGUAUGUCAUCGAUCCCAUGUCUCGGAGACGUGUUCCAUUGUGUGUAAUGUCAACCUGACCUGACACUGGAUUUCUGUACAGGGCAGCCGUAACAAAGCUUCAACAAUGCUGAAUGCGGAGUCAAACAAGGAACACCUACAUGCAAUAUCAGGUUAAGUCAUUGUUGAAUAACUAUUUACCCGUUGUCAACCGAAUAACACAGCAAAAAACUCUACAAUGCGACGGCUCUUUCGCACGCAAUUAUGAUUCCUCGGAAAUUCGAAUCUGGGAAAACCCAAUGUCAAGAUGACAUGACGCUAUGUACAGUGGUUGGCAAACAGCUACAGUUGGGUAGUUUGUUGGAGAUCUGAAGGCAAGGAAGCGUGGCAUUCUCACAGAAAACAGAACACUGAAAAUGGCGAUGGCGUCGACCCAAGGCCACAACGACUCCGUGUUGUCGAGCUUGGAGCCCGGUGACCAGGUGGAGUUUGAGAGGGGAAUUUACUCUCAUUGGGGCGUGUAUAUUGGUGAUGGUUACGUGAUCCACCUGGCAAGCGUUGAUGGUCAGAGCUUCAACAAGACUGAGAAAGCCGUUGUCCGAAAAGACAAAAUCAAGGAUGUUGCUAAGAAUUGCAGGAUAAACAAGAACAAUUCAAAGAAGGAGAAACACAGGCUAAAAGCCUACAGCAAAUCCGAGAUCGUGAAGAGAGCCUCAAGCCAGCUUGGCAGAACAGGGUAUAAUCUGAUUGCCAGCAACUGUGAGCAUUUCGUCUCGUGGUGCUGCUACGACAUUGAAAUAAGUGACCAGGUGACAGAAGGUUUUGAACUGACGAGGAAGGCGGCUGACAUGUUCAUCAACUGGUUACUGGAAAAGAGUGAAUAACAAGAAAGCGAAAAACGGAAGUCUUGAAAGUUUGUUCAAGUGUUUACAGACUAAAGACUUCUACGAUAACCAGUGUACUUCAGUUGGUUGGUAUGUUUGUUGUUUAACGCCGCACUCAGCAAUAUUCCAGCUAUAUGACGGCGGUCUGUAAAUAAUCGAGUCUGGACCAGACAAUCCAGUGAUUAAUAUCAUGAGCAUCGAUCCACGCAAUUUGGAUCGAUGACAUGUAUCAACUAAGUCAGCGAGCCUGACCACCCGAUCCCGUUAGUCGCCUUUUACGACAAGCAUAGUCGCCCUUUACGGCAAGCAUGGGUUGCUGAAGACCUAUUCUACCCCGGAAUCUUCACGGGUCCAGUGUACUUCAGACAACAAACAAAUAACUUCUAUUCUUGAGGUGCCUGCUUUUGUCUUGUAUGAAACGGCGAGACAUACUUAGAAUUAAUUUCAACAGGAACUUUUACCUGAUCAGUAUAUAUAUGAAUACAAGUGGUACACAAUUAGAAAGUGAAUGUUGCUUAACGCGACAGUCAGUAAUAUUCAAUUUAUAUCACAACGACUAAUUGAAAUUGAAUCUGCAUCAGCCAAUACAUGACACAAAAGCAACUUUCCACAACUUUUGCACAAAUCAUGACAGCUCAUUGUGUCACAACAUUGUAACAUACGCUGACAGAGUAUGUGGCUAAUAUUUCAAGAAAUGAUGAUUAAUUUUAAAUUGAUUUUGUAUAUUUUAUUUUAUUGCAUUUUCCUUCCUCAAAACAAUUGAAAUACAGAACCCUUGACUCCAUUUUUAUGCAGAAUAAGAGUUGCCUGUCUCUCUCCAGUAUGACUGGCAGCGUCUGUAAUGUUGACAAUAAACUAGGGUAAAUUUUA